UUUAAAAUGAUUUCUAAAUUUGAGGAAAAUGGACGCAAUAUUGAAUAAAAAUGUGCACUUUUCGGAUGACGUCACCCCCCAACCUCCAGAGGAGGUGGAGGUGUGGGCGCCCUGGACCAUCGCCAUGCCCGCCAAGAGCCCUAAGGCGCCGCCUCCUGUCCACGUGCGGACCGCUGCGGGCCCGGCCUGGGACAUCGAUCAGGUUCUAAAAGCAGCACGCCUCCUCAGCAAACCACCAUUGACAGUCAACUUCGAAGACGAGCAAGAGAUGCGAGCCGUCUACGCACUUAUCUACGAGGUGUUCAGAUAUAAAUCGAUAUUGGAUCAAGCUAUCGAUGAUGUCAAUUUCUUCGGCAAUUAUCCACAGUUCAGGAGCCACCGUCACAUAACCUGGCUGUUCCUCAUGGAGCUGGCCCGCCGCCGCUGGGUGGCCCGCAGCCAGGAGGAGGUGGAAUCAGCCAAGAGUCUCCUGGCGGCAGCCGGGGAACCGUUCCUGGCGGUGGAGACAGCCAUUUGGGAUGAACGGGUUCACUUCGCGGCUGCCAUCGCGAGAAUACGGAUCAAGAAUAAGGCUUUCUCGCUAUCCGAGUUGCUGCCCCCACAUUUGCGCGAGGAGCGAGUGUCUGCUACACUAAACAGGACUACAUUGACGGGAUGGGUCAAUACUUUCAAAGCCAAGAAGUUGUCCCUUCUGGUGGAAGAUCUGAGGCAACAGGGCUACACAUACAGCACUUCCAGGCAGCUGUGCGCCGGUGAAUUCCGCUUCGACCGCGUCUGUCCCAGAUUCAUAACUCUUCGGCCGCCGGCUAACCAAAGCAUUGGUCAACUGGAUUUAAUCAAGAACGGUGUUAUAGUGCUACAGGAGCGCGAGUUCUGCGAAGGCGCCUCAACCCUCUGCCGGGCGCUGCAGGCCAACUCCCUAUGUGGUGUGGUCGCACAGACCCACGCGUCUUCCCCGCGCUGUUCCGCCUACCUGGCUGCGCUACUGAAGGAGCUGGCUGCGGUCAUCCGAGCACAGAAACCGCCAGCGCCGGUCACGCCCGAACUGGGCAGAUUGGUUGUGUUCGGUGCUGGAGAUAGGCUAGAGAGCUACGUAAGCGCUUUACAGGAGCUAGGAGUUGAGGCGUCCGAUUGGUCGCAAUCCGACUCAUCGGUGUGUGUGUUGAGGGAGGCCAUACAUUGCGAUUGUCCGACUGUGACUAGUGCUCUGACUGGAGUGGUAGCGGCUAUAGCUACGCCACCCAACUCGUAUUCUGCUGUCACGGAUCCUAUAGACUUGGUGUGCGGCCGCGGCGGUGAUUUGGCUAUGCUUGAGAUCCUAACAGAAUCUGAAAUAGACAGCGAAAGCAGAGCACGUGUGCAGAAUGUUCUUGAAGAACAGAAGAAGACAUUAAAAGCACUUAUGUCUAAACCACAGAUCCAGUUAAUCCUAUACGAGACCCACUCGUCUCUGGAUGCGGAGAACACCGUCCAGGUGACGCGAGCCGUGGCCGAGGCGAACAGACUGGCGAGAGAGAAACACGCGCUGAAGAAGAAACAUAAAGAUCAUUCUAGUGUAUCCCAAAUGAAAGAGGCAUCCUCCACCACAACUUUAGACCUCUCCCGCUCCGAUCUCGACAAGGAGGACGAUGACGUCACAACUCCACGGACAAGACCAAUGUCGUCACCGCCAGCUACCGCCAGGACGGAGGCCACAGUGGUCAGGAAACGGGCGGAGAGCGCCGAUGUGGAUGCCAGGCCGAACGAAGCCAGGCCCAUACCGGAGAUGCACGCUGAUGACCCCAUACCCCAUGAUCCGGAUAAAGACUGCCCCAAUGUUUUUGUGCCAGAUACAGAUUUGUUUGAGAUUCAUCAGUUGCCUCAUCUCAAUAACGGCGUUGAUAUACACAACAUACUGGAUAAAGACGGCUGCUACCUCGGCUUGAUACAGAGGAAGGAGAUAACUCGUCUGGACGCGAAAUACAUGAUACGAGUGGCGGAGGAGCGCGGGCUGUUCGGUGCGGGCUCGCCGGCGCCGCGCCGCAAGCGACACGAGACAGACAAACCCAAGCAGAAACGACACAAACAGACCUUCGAGGUGGAACGGGUAGCGGCUCCGACGUACGCGUCGCUAUGGCGGGCUCACCGCCGCGGCAGCGCGCCCGCACGAUACACGGGUGCGGGCAUGAACGACAGCGGCGGCGGUAGCAGCGGCAGGAGCGAAGGCGGGAGCGGCGGCGGAGGCGGGAGCGUGACGCGCGUGUGCUCGCGCCACGAGCGUCGUUGGGCCGCUGCUAAUACGCACGCGGUGUGCGCGUGUAUUGCGAAACACAGGCCCCAGCAGCGCGAGCGUCGCGCGUCAACGGGCGAGUCGCCGGCGUGUCGCCAGUUGUAUCCAGUCGUCGUCCACGAUCUACGGCUCAAGCGAGUUAGAUACAACAUCGUCGCGUAAGGGUUCAUUCAGACCGCAGACAAAGACUCAUAGCAAAAUAAAUCUCUGGCCAUCUCACAUCUAUGUCAGUGGCCGUCCACGGCCUACGGCUCAAGCGUUGGAGAUACAAUAUCGUCGCGUAAGAGCGAACAGAGCUAUCUGAUAGAAACACAUUGCAAAUCUGAGACCUACAGGUCUCUGAUUCACGAUUUCUGUUAUAACUCGGAUUCGGAAACUUUACGUGCGAUCAUCAUUCAAAACUCAGUGCGGCGAUCGUUGAUUACAUUCGCGCGGUGAAGUUUCCGAAUUCGAGUCGAAUUGCGCUCCAAAUUCGAGUCGUGAAUCAGGGCCCAGAUGCUCAUUUAACUUAACAGAAUAUUGUUUUCUAACUUGAAUGAAAGAAACCUAACUUUUAAACUAAAAAAAUGU